AUGCUGGAGAACAUCCACCUCUGUCCAGCAUGAGAAGAAGACAGGAGGAAUUACUUCAGCUGAGCUCCUAAUGACAACCUGCUGUAAAGAUGGAGUUUAUUAAAGAGGAGAAUGAGAACACGAGUGAUCCAGAACCCUGCAGAAUUAAACAAGAAGAUACCGAGGAACAAAUAGACCUGAUGGAAGCGAAUGAAGUGGAGGAGAAACAGCAUCAGCAUCACUUCACAACUGGAGACAAAUCAGGAGGCAAAAAUUAUUUCAUCUGCCCGCAGUGCGGAAAGAGUUUCCCGCAUAAAGGAGACCUUAAUAAACACAUACGGAUCCACACCGGAGAGAGACCGUUCAUGUGCAUUCAGUGUGGAAAGAGCUUUACGCAGAAAGCAAACCUUAGCAGACACCUGCGCGUUCACUCUGGAGAAAGACCCUUCACGUGCCCUCAAUGCGGACGGAGCUUCACAUCCACCAGCAUCCUCAAACACCAUCUGCGCUCUCACUCCGGAGUCAAGUCGUUCAGCUGCGAUCAGUGCCAUAAGAAGUUUAUUUUAGCCAAACUGUUGAAAAGACAUCUGAAGAUGCAUGCAAACCAGAAGCCGCACUUGUGCUCGUUCUGCGGGAAGAGUUUUUCACAAUUGGACUAUUUUAUCGAGCACCAGAAAAUGCAUAUCGGUGGGAGACCUCAUAAAUGCUCUGAGUGCGGAAAUGCCUUUAAUACGGCCGAUUCCUUGAGACGACAUCAGAGGAUUCAUACCGGGGAGAAACCAUACAUUUGUUCGCAUUGUGGAAAGGGUUUCAUUCAGUCGGGACAUUUGAGAGCGCAUGAGAGAUUGCAUACGGGAGAGAAGCCGUAUCAGUGCUAUUCAUGUGAGAGGAGCUUCACACAUUCAAGUAAACUAUUGACUCAUGUUAGAAAGCGUUGCCCGAAGUUGUUGUCCAUCACUUUAAAGGAAUAGUUCACCCAAAAAUGAAAAUUUGCUGAAAAUAUACUCA